AUGGGGUUUGCGGAGACAUGGAUCUCAUGGAUUAUGUUUUGUAUCUCAUCGGUGGAGUACAAGGUUCUUAUUAAUGGGCAACCUAAUGGUCAGAUUGUUCCUGCAAGGGGCUUACGGCAGGGUGAUCCGCUCUCCCCUUACUUGUUCAUUUUAUGCACAGAGGUUCUCAUUGUCAAUAUUCAGAAGGCAGAGGCCGAUAAGCGGAUAACUGGGAUUAAGGUGGCAAAUAUAUGCCCGCCAAUAACACAUUUGUUGUUUGCGGAUGAUAGUCUGUUUUUUUGCAAGGCAGAUAAGGAGCAAUGUGGUGUGGUUUUAGAUAUAUUACAGCAAUAUGAGGCGGUCUCGGGGCAGCAAAUCAAUUUUGCGAAAUCAUCAAUUCAGUUUGGUCACACUGUUGAGGCCCAGGUCCGAUUGGAGAUGCAGCGGGUUCUUGGGAUAACAAAUUUGGGUGGUAUGAGAUCAUAUUUAGGGAUUACUGAGAGUUUGGGAGGGUCCAAAACGAAGGUUUUUUCAUAUGUUAGAGACUGGCUCCAGAGCCGGACAACGGGUUGGCCGGCCAAAUUGUUGUCCAAAGGGGAAAAGGAGGUGAUGAUCAAGUCUGUUGCGACGGUUGUCCCAACAUUUGUGAUCUCUUGUUAUCGUUUGCCAAAAACGAUUACAUCCAAGCUUACUAGUGUAGUGGCAAAUUUUUGGUGGAGUUCUAAUGGUCAUUUCGGGGGUAUGCAUUGGAUAGCUUGGGAGAAGCUUUGCUGUAGCAAGCAGAUGGGUGGCUUGGGUUUCAAGAAUGUAGAUGAUUUUAACACGGCUCUAUUGGCUAAACAAUUAUGGCGACUUAUUGAGGCACCGAACUCACUGUGUGCGAGGGUUUUCAAAACUCAAUUCCCAAGACCAGCUUUAAGUAACGAUCCUUCAAAGGACCCAACUCUUCGUUUGUCUCAGUUUAUGGAUUCUCAAUCCAGUUCUUGGUGUAGAGAUCGGCUCGUUGAGCAUUUUGAUCAUGUGGAUGUCGCCUUGAUAGAGGCUAUUCCAUUCAGUAGUCUUCCGAUGGCGGACUCUUUAGGGUGGCAUUUUACAAAAUCUGGGAAAUACACGGUUAAAUCAGGGUAUGAAAUGGCACGUCAAGAUAUUCCUAAUACUUUUCAGGUCAUUAGCUGUGGUCCAGAGAUUACUCCUCUUCUUGCCAGGAAUGCUCGGGUGUUUGAGAGUCAAACGGAACGCCCCGAUGAUAUUGUGCGAGUGGCGCAAGGGGAAGCUUCGUCCUGGUUGCAAGCACAAGUGGAAGAGGUGGUUGAGGAUGUUUCCUCCUCCCCCGUGGUUCCUUCUCUCUGGUCGAGCGGGCAUAUCCCUUCUCUUCUUCUGGUUUAUUCUGGUUAUCGGUGCUUUGUGGAUGGCUCUUGGAAAGAGACUAAUGAUUUUGUAGGUGCAGAAUGGAUGUGUACUUCUUUACAAGGAUCGUCACCACUUCUUGGCGCUACUAAUUACCGACGCAGUCUUUCUCCGUUACACGCCGAGGUGGAAGCUUUCAUCUGGGCGAUGCAGUGUAUGAUUGGCCACGACUUUUACUGA